ACUCCCUGGUCUGGCCCCUCAUCCCCCAGGGCUCGUUCCCUGCGAGUUACCGGUGGCGCGGGGACCCCCAGGACGGGGUGCAGUUCCCCCUGGACUACAACUACUCGGCCUUCCUCCUGGUGGACGAUGGCACCCACGGCCGCCUGGGCGGCGAGAACCGCUUCCGCCUGCGCUUCGAGUCCUACAUCGCCCAGCAGAAGACGGGCGUGGGAGGGACUGGCAUUGACAUCCCUGUCCUCCUCCUCCUGAUUGAUGGGAAUGAGAAGAUGUUGAAGCGGAUAGAGAACGCCACCCAGGCCCAGCUCCCCUGCCUCCUGGUGGCCGGGUCCGGGGGCGCUGCGGACUGCCUGGCGGAGAUCCUGGAAGACACUCUGGCUCCAGGGAGUGGAGGGGGCAGGCGAGGGGAUGCCCGAGAUCGGAUUAGGCGUUUCUUCCCCAAAGGGGACCCCGAAGUCCUGCAGGCCCAGGUGGAGCGGAUCAUGACCCGGAAGGAGCUGCUGACAGUCUAUUCCUCUGAGGACGGCCCUGAGGAAUUCGAGACCAUUGUUUUGAGGGCUCUUGUCAAGGGUAAGACUUGAACCCCCAAAUUCCUC